AUGUGGGCUUCUCUUACAUCUUCGCAAAAGGUCAUCCUGGUUUCCAACUUGAUGGGGUUAUACUACGCCGUCAUGCUUUUGGGCGACAAAAUCGGUUUACCGAUCGAAAGUUUCGGCGCUAAGUUCUACGGCUUGAAAAAAGCGUCCGUCGUCCAAGCGUCUGGAGCGUCGUGGACUGGGGUGUUUUUGUGCACCAUCCUCGCGGAUGCGUUUUACGUCUGCUUCAAGUGCUCUGAAGGCGCGAGAUUGAGAUACUGCAACACGGCCUUAAUCAUGGCGUGCCAACGAUUGACUUUGCAAAUCGCGCAUUCUACUCAGUCUAUUCGAACCGUCGCCAUUCCGGUGGUUGCCAAAGAAUACACGGCUGGCCUCAUCUCCUCCUUCGUGUUCAUCGGUUUGUUUUCGUCCGUCAGCUCAACCUCUCGCUUGCCGGCGGGCUCGGUUUGGUACAAACCGGCGACGACCACGGCGAAGUGUCUCUUCGGCAUGACUCUCGGAUGCCUCGCAUUUUUCCUUCAAAUGAUCACGACUGACUUUUUGGCGGCCGUAUCGAAUGUGAAAGGGAAGAGAACCGCCGUCGAAUACGCGCAACUGGACUGGUGCGCCGUCAUGUUGAUGGGUCUCAUCUUCGGUUUGCUUUUCGCUCAAAUGUACUUGACUGAGAACGAGCAAAUUGGUUUCGCCAAGGUUCGCGUCGGAGCUAUCUUGUCCAUGAUGUACUUGGCGUACACCGAGAAAGCCAUCACGCCGUGCAAAAACUACAAAGAAAGCAUGCGAAUGAUGGGCGCCAUCCUCGCCUUGGCGGUUUACGCCGCGCACGGCAAAGACAUCAUGAAAAAGUUGAAGCGGGCGUAA